UCGCCGCGUCUGGCCGCCGCUGCAGCAGUGGUGGCUUCGCAUCUCCAAAAGGGGCCCUUCGACUCCUGGCUGAGCCAGUCGGGCGCUGGGUCGUGGGGCCCCGCACUACUUCCGCUGGUCCCUGAACCGGGGAUCCCUUCUCCCCAGAGUUGCGAGCAACUUUCCCCUGUCCCCGGCACUGCGGUGGCUCGGGGACCGUGGCCGCCGCAGGUUGCUGAACCCCGGGCCACGCUCCCCGGCUUUGCGCUCGUUGGUCGCUCCCUCUCUGGGUGCACGCUGGGGGUCCCCGAUCUCGGCUCUGCGGGCGAGAUGCCCCUGGGACACAUCAUGAGGCUGGAUCUGGAAAAAAUCGCCCUGGAGUACAUCGUGCCCUGUCUGCACGAGGUCGGCUUCUGCUACCUAGACAACUUCCUGGGCGAGGUGGUGGGCAACUGCGUCCUGGAGCGCGUCAAGCAGCUGCACUGCAACGGGGCCCUGCGGGACGGCCAGCUGGCCGGGCCGCGCGCCGGCGUCUCCAAGCGGCACCUGCGGGGCGACCAGAUCACGUGGAUCGGGGGCAACGAGGAGGGCUGCGAGGCCAUCAGCUUCCUCCUAUCCCUCAUCGACAGGCUGGUCCUGUACUGCGGGAGCCGGCUGGGCAAAUACUACGUCAAGGAGAGAUCCAAGGCAAUGGUGGCUUGCUAUCCAGGAAAUGGAACAGGUUAUGUUCGCCAUGUGGACAACCCCAACGGUGAUGGCCGCUGCAUCACCUGCAUCUACUAUCUGAACAAGAAUUGGGAUGCCAAGCUACAUGGUGGGAUCCUGAGGAUAUUUCCAGAAGGGAAAUCAUUCGUAGCAGACGUGGAGCCCAUUUUUGACAGACUCCUGUUCUUCUGGUCAGAUCGCAGGAACCCACAUGAAGUCCAGCCUUCCUAUGCGACCAGAUAUGCUAUGACUGUUUGGUACUUUGAUGCUGAAGAAAGGGCAGAAGCCAAAAAGAAAUUCAGGAAUUUAACUAGGAAAACUGAAUCUGCCCUCACUGAAGAUUGACCGUGCUCUGAAAUUCGCUGGCCUUGUUCAUUUUAGUAACAGUUCCUGAAUUUGCUUUAACAGUUGAGAUCCAAAGAUGGCCUCUUCAGUGACGACAAACUCCCCCUACUGCUUGCAUCGUUCACAUCCCUGUCUUACGUGUGGUACUUCAUGUUUUCUUGCCAAGACUGCUUUGACCUGCAGAUGCUCUCUUUGCCAGAUGAACUUAUUUGCUCACUCCAGAAAUUCCUGCAGACAUCCUAGUUGGCCAGCACUUUAACUGAUAGAUUCGGUAAUACUGGCUAUCAAGACAAGAGCCUAGGAGCACAGGCGAGGGGACGAAUCUUACUUGCACUUUAUGUGUACUUCCUGAUUUGAAAGGAGGAGGUUUGCAAAGAAAAGAGAAAAUGGUGGCAGAUUGAGAGGCAUCGUGGAAGCCUUAACAACAGAAAACAGAAAUUUAUGUCAUCAAAACAAUUUCCAGAUGUUCUUAAUCCAGGGCUGUUGGGGUUUCUGGAGAAUUAUCACAACCUAAUGACAUUAUUACCUCUAAAAAGGGCUGCUGUCAUAGUGAUCGAUUUAUAAGUAUCUCGUGGGGCGGACACUCCUUUUUCCCAGUCCUGCAACCUGGAUUUUCUGCCUCUGCCCCAUUUUGCUGACAAUAAUGACUUUCUCAACAAAGAUGACAACACCAUUUAUUCUCUAUUUUCCUUUCUUACCUGGAGAACCUAAUUCCCCAGAAGCUAAAGCUAGACAUUAGUUGUUUCGGUGCUUUGUUGGAAUGGAAUUUGAAUUUAAAUCAAAGGAACAAAAUCUACCUGGUAGUUUAGUGUCAGCCUCUGAUAACAGUGUGGAAAGAGCUAGGUUUACUGAUAUACAAUAAACGUGUGCAUCUUACGCAAUUUGAGAGAGGAGAUGGAGUUGGAAAUGUGGGUAUUGCUGUUUUUUGGUUUUUUUUUUUUUAGUUUUCUUUUUUAAUGAACCCACCCUUCUUCUUUAACAAAAUAAAAAAGAAUAGGGUGCUGUAUUUUAAAAAGGAAAUGGAAAUUAAAAAAUCUCAAAAAGCUGUUUCAGUUCUUCCACGUUGUCUGUCCCUAGCAGCCUUUCUCCAGCUGACUUGACUCUUCAGAGCCACUGUGGGUGGCAGUCUGACCAGAAUCGUGGAAUUGUAGAACUGUGGAAGGUCCUACUACCGCACUCUCCUGCUGCAGUACGCAGGGAUUCCACUGCUUCAAGAACUCUGUAUUAAAGCACCUAUUUUAUGAAAGUUACCCCCCCUAGUUUUCAGUUCUACUUUCGUGUUUUUAAAUCCCUUUGAUUUCUUGCUUGAAAAUCCCAGAAACAUUAAAGAGCCAGAAAUACGUUCUUUUGUUAUGUGUGGAGAUAUAUAAAGAGAGAGAGACUUUCCAAGAUAGAAGUUUAAUUUUUUCUCUUCUGGUUUUGGAAAAUUUCCAGAUAAAAGUUGUCGUUCAUUCUCACAACUGCUCUAUUUUGUUGUAUCAUAGUACUUAUCACCUUCUAACUUACUAUGUAAUUUACUUAUUUAUUAUUAUGUUUAUUGUCUUGUAUCCUUCCUCUAGAGUGUAAGCACAAUGAAGACAGGGACUUUGUAUGUUUUUAAUCAAUGCAAUAUAUUCCCAGCGCCUAAAAUAGUGCCUGGCACAUAGUAAGGGCUCAGUAAAUACUUUUUGAAUAAACUCGAUCUCCUAUGUUAGCAUUCU